AAGAAUUCGUUGUGUGGUUGGCCGCAUUCUGUACUUACAGAUAAUCCAUGGAUUUAAAUCUAUCUGAAUAAAUUUCUGAAGAAAUUACAAAUGAAGACAAUCGGGAAAAGGAAAAAACGAUUAUUCCUAGCCGUUGCACCGACAACAAAUUUAAAAACAAUUGAACCCACAGAUUAGUUCUUUUAGAUUGAAUCAAAUAGGCUUUGAACCUUGCAUCCCAGACGCGAUCAGUAAUUGCCUGUAAGAGUUUUAAAAAUUAAAAU